UAACAAUGCAUUCUGGGAAUGCGAUUAGCGGAAUCACAAAAACACAAGAUGAAAAUAAAUAAUGUACCACAGAUAUUUUCAAACGUUACGUGCUGUUCGGUUUCCUAUUGAAAUCCCGUGAAAAUCUGACUGUUAAAAUAUAUUGUAAAAUUAAUUAUAAAAUACCGUUACUUACCGUUAUCAGUGUGUUUGCAGUUGAAAAAUCGUACACUCAACGGCAAGGAAGAAUUCUGAAGUAUGGUGUAAACAAAUCCGAAUUAAGUUUGUUACAAUUGACAUACAUAUAUAAUUAAUCGUAUGGUAGUAAAGUAAUGGUUACUCAGUGAAUACGCGUUAUCUUUUUCUCAAUGUUUUGCAGAAAGUAUUAUAACCUAUACAGGUAUCAACGAUCUAUUGUUAAUGUUGUACAGUGUUAAUUAAUUACAUAGUUUUAUGGUGAAGUCUUGUGAUAUGUUCUUUAUACAUGAUCACGACAGUGUGAUGCGAAACGUGUCGGUAAAACUCAAUUGUAUUACAUAGAAUCACGAGGAAACAUACUUUAAUGUGUCACCAUGACGCGCAAGUGUGUUAUGUGUAAGGAAACCAAUUACAGGAACAGUUACAGCUUUUUCUCUGCGCCCAAAGAUCCAGAAACGCGACAGAAAUGGCAAGACGCGAUUGCAAUUGAAAAUUAUGCUGUCACAGAUGACACGUAUGUUUGCAGCAAACAUUUUCAUAGGGAUGAUAUCAUUACGCAUUGGGCUAGUGGAGUACCACCCUAUGUUAUAACAAUUAAAUACAAAAAGUGUAGAUUAAGACCAGGAGCAGUACCUGGGAGAAACUAUCAUGAUGAAAACGAGGAUAUAAAUCCAGAACAUUCUGAUAACUCGGAUGAUAAUUAUUCACCAUUUAAAUUGAAAAAGAUGGAUACAGCAGAAGAGACAAAAAAGGAUCCUGUUAUAUCUAAGGCUGAUGAAAAAUUAGAAAUAAAUUGUUACGAAAAGCAUAGAGUUAUACCGUUGCAUUAUAAAUACAGUAGAGAAUUUCAUGAUCACAACUACAUGCCAAAUGCAAAAUCAACUACGGUAGAAGCAUUACAGGACGACUCGGAUACAGAUGACGAAUCCAACAAAGAAUCUGUGGAAAUGAAUUUUAAACAGGUAAAGAGAAACAACACGAUACACCGUGACAAAAACACUGAAACUUUUGUGGAUGUAAAUGCAAUAGAAAAUCCGACUUUUAAUAACGAGGGGGCAGGCGAACAACAAAUCUGUGCAGAAGAUUCGCAUGAAAAUGCAUCCAACAAAGUAUCAGAAUUUUCUUCGAAGGUUUCCGACCCUCUUGAAGGAACUGAAAUGUUGGUACAGUUUUGGGAACAUAAAAUAGUAAAGGAAGAACCGCCAGACAAUAAUUACAGCAGGAAUGAAAAUUUGCCUGUAGAAAAUCAAAUAAGUAAUAAUCACGAUCAAUUAGAGGCAUGCUCCACUGCGAACAAUGAUAUUGAAGAGAAUGAAAUGUUGUUUGAAGAUUUACUCGAAAUAUGUACAGAAGUACUAUUACCUCGUGGCUGGUCUUGUUUGGUAACAUCAACAGGCCAUGCCACAACGAUAGUGUACAUGUAUAUGGCAAUUACGAAAAAUGGUAUGCCUUUUACAGAGAAACAAGUGUUUAUAAAGAGCGACAUGACAUUACAUUGCGUCGCUGUAAAUAGAGAAAUUAAUCCCCUCGCUAAUAAUCUCAUAAAAGAAGGGAAACAUUUACGAGUACAAAAUUUAUUAGAUAUAGAAGAACUUAUCGAAGAAUUUGAUCAGAGAAUGAUUUGUCAAGGUAUAUACAAUACUGAAAGUUUUCAAGAAGUUACCGACAUUAAAGUAGCCUACAAAGACGGUGUAAAAUGGAGACACAUAUUAUGUCCAUUGAUAAUGAAUAAUGGUUCGUUACGAUGUACAAGAUGUAUCAAUCUGUCUCAUAGACUGCAACGCAGAUCAAAAAUACGGCAUCCCCUAUCAUACAAUCUUUCUAUAUUCGCAAAAAACGAACAAAGAUUACACAAACUUCGACAAAAGUACAAACGUACAAAAAAACAGGCACGCAAACAUGAGUUUAUAAAAGUAUCUGAGAAAUAAAUCUCAAAUGAUAUUUGAUUGUUGAAUACAUUCUCUCUUUUGCACUUGUUCGAUGAAUAGGGUGAAUUAUUUUCCAGACUACUAAUUGUUUCAGUGACGAAAUAAAAAUACAGACUGUACAUAAAAAAAUCUCUUUAGUUUGAAUAACUUACAUUCCUCUAUUCGAUAUACAUUUUCGUUUGGGUUGCCCAAAUAUAAAAACGAUGUUCCGUUGUAUUGUUAAUUUUAUGUCAAAUUAUUUCAGAAAAAAAGAAACAAAAUAUUCUACCUACGCUUCCAAAAUUGUCGUGUUGUCAUUUUUUUGUUACUAUAUUUCUUCCAACUAUCA